AUGAGCAAACCGUCUAAAUCGCCAAACCAAGCGAAAAGUUCAUCAAGUGUCGGUUCGGUAUGUCCACCAACCGCCCGUUCGUUGAGCAUGAUGACGGCAGAGCCUCUGACCGAUCCUCGUCUGAUCCCGACUGCGUUGUCCAAUUCGGUGAACACGGCAAUCGGAGGAACACCGUCGGAUUUUGAAUCCAACUCGGGUCUAUCUGAUACUUCUGCUGGAUCCGGACGCGCCAGCUCGGCCACUUCAACUCCAAAGACUGCUCAAGCACCGACGUCCCCAGAAAUCAUUAUGAAUGAUUUGAGAAGAGGAAGUCUUUUCGGAAGACAAACGAAAAGUCUCGGUGGGAGUCAGUCAAUGGAGACACCACAAAGUGUUACUAACGUUACUUGGACCAAUACUGACAUGUCAACUGCCUCUCAACUGAGCAGUUUUGAUAGAAAACCACUGAACAAUCAAUCGUCGAUAAACUCGGAAAUGUCGGAAUCAAUGAAAACUGGUAUUCCGAAAAGUGAGAAGAGCGUCAAUCGUCUUUCGCGUCUUUCGGGUGCUUCUAAAACUAGAAGACGUUCUCCAAUCGCCGAAAUCAAUGCUUUGAAAAGACAUGAGGAGCAGAAGAAGCAGCAUGAUGCAUUGCAAGAUUCCAUGAUACCGGAAAAGUCAACCAAGUCGAAAAAGUCGAAAAAGACUAAAUCGAAGAAAUCAGGGAAGAGAAGAAAGCGUUUGGACGCAUCUGGAAAGUCGACUAAAUCUGGGAAAUCGAAGAAACUGGGGCUCUCGCAGAAGUCAACAAAAUCAGGAAAAGUUGCUAAGAAACAACCUUCGGAGAGAAUGGAUCCUGACUUUUCGAAAAAAUCGAAAAAAUCGAUGAAGUCGACGAAAUCGAAAAAGAUGGAACAGACACCUGCAUUCGGUCAAUCUGGAGUUGUGAAGAAGGGAGAUAAUAGUGUUUAUUUGCCAGGUGUCAUGAAUAAUGCUCCUCCAGCAGCUCCAACCAUCAAGAAUGUCCCAAUGAAACGAAAUCCACCGGCCGGUCUUUCAUCUAAAAGUCGCAAAGGAAACCCAACUCCAGCAUACAAUUUUCCUGGAGCAGGACAAUGUACUCGUAAUAUGAGUGAUGUGGCUCCACGUACUCCACAAAAUGUCAUUGAUCCGAAUCAGAGUCAUGUUGUUUAUGACGUCGCGAAACUUACACCCGCUCAGAGACGUUUCCAACCGAAACAACCAGCUGGAUGCUCUGGAAUAAAGCAGCAACCAAAGUCGUUAUUCGGGACAAAAAAACCGGCGAGUUCAAGUGCUUCGAGACAGACGAGUGUUGUUGCUCCUCCGGCAGAGAUUCCAUCAACUGGAAACAAUAAAAUUGUCAUCUUUGGAAAAACACCGGACGGAAAGAAUAUGGUUCAAAUGACAAUCGACAUGCAAAUUGUUGCUGGUGAAGCUCUCGGAGCAUCGGAUAAACCAAUGACAAUUGUUCCGAAGAAAGUGAUUGUUGGAGGGAAAGAACUUGCAUUUGAUUCGGAAGAGAAGAGCAAUAGACAGUAG